ACUUGUUUGCAGAGGAGUCCAAAUUGUGGCUUUGAAAUUCCCACUUACUGGCCUUAGUGUUGCUAACCGGGAUGCCACAGAGCUAGUCAGUCAUACUUCAAGUGUGGAAACGUGACUCCAUGGUUCUCCUCUUCUCUGGGUUUACCAUUCCUUCCAGCUUUAACUCUUCCUCGUCAGCCCUGGUCACUCCACAUCAUUAACUCACCUUCCACAUGUACCACAGUUGACUCAGGAUAAAACCCAAAACUGGAGGAAGAACGUUGGGCUUCACCUGUCUCCCCUGCCCUGCCGGUUCCUUUUUGAAUUCUCAAGGUAUACCACAAUUCUUAGAACUUGUAGUCAGUGAAAAUCCCUACGUUGCUUUAUUUUCUAAAUGACAGUGGUUAUGCUAAAGACAUGCAAGAUAAUAUGAAGUCAUUUUAAAAUGAAGACAUUUUAAUGACAUGGAAAAUGCUUAGGAUAUAACGUGAAUAAAAAGUGUUAGGAACAGAACUGUGGGUACAGUAUGAUCAAAAGUAUGAAAUAAGUAUAAAACCCAAGGAGAGGCUGGGCACAGUGGCUUAUGCCUGUAAUCUCAACACUGGGAAGCCAAGGCCAGAGGAUUGAUUGAGGCCACGAGUUUGAGACCAGCCUGGGCAAUAUAGCAAGAGUCAUCUCUACAAGAAAAUUUUAAAAAUUAGCCUGGCAUGGUGGCACACACUUGUAGUCCUAGCCACUUGGGAGGCUCAGACAGGAUUGCUUGAGCCCAGGAGUUUGAGGUUGCAGUGGCUGCUAUGUUCAUGCCACUACACUGUAGCCUGGGUGACAGAGAGAUACACUGUCUCAAAAAUAAAUAACAAGGAGAAAGUACUUCAAAGUGCUUAUCAAGUGGGAGGAUUAUAGAAAGUUUGUAUUUUCUCUUUUAUACUUCCCUGAAUAAUUUUUCCAGUUUUCAACAAUGAAAACAUUUUAUGAUCAAGAAAAAAAAUUCUUAAAGAAUGUUGUCACAUUAUCCUGAAAUUAUGCAAGUCGCUAUGCUCAUAUUCCAACUAAACACAUUUGAUCGAUUUUUUUGUGUUUAAAAGAUAACUGCCCCAAGCAUUGGCAGACACAAAGAUGAUGUGAUGUGGUCCCAGUCCUCAAGGGACAAUCUUAGAGAUACAAGUCUAUAAGUGACAAUAUUAGAAGGAGAAGUAAGAAAAGAUCUAAAUAAAGAGAUUUGGAAGUUCUGUGAGGGGGCGAAGAUAAUGAAAACAUCUCUUCUGAGAUUCUCAGUAUUUCCACAUUUCCAACCAGUUCCUUUUUUACUGAUCAGAAUUCACUUGAGAGCAGCCAUUUUCCUCACGGGUUCCUCUACCUUCUGAGAGAUGAAAUUGUCAGGCAGAGAGACAAAGUCUUUGAUAGCUCUGCCCUUGCCAGAAUGAGACUUGGAGCAGACGUCCAAAGAGUUGACAUUGCUGUCACUUCUGCUCUGAAAAUACUGGAAUGUGUAAGAAGAAAGAACUGUCUUUUUAAAAAAGUGAUAUACCUCAUCCCUCUCACAGAGCCCAUUGCUAUGACUCUGAAGGACAAAACAGCUCUGCAACAGCAAAAAUGUUCCAUAUCCUCCUUUUAUUUCCACAUUUGGCCCUUCACAUGGGAAAAGAGAUGCAAGCCACAAGUCCUCCUGCCACUUACUGAGCACUUCAUGUUAUACGUAAGACACCAACCAGUUUCUUCUAUUCCAUCCAAAGCAGCAGCUCAGAGAGUGUCUCAGAUUGGUUUGUUUGAAGUUUCUGCAUGGUCCAAUUUUGGCAGGAAUAUCAACAAAGUGAAGCUGUGUUCUCCUCACUGCACCCCAUCAGGAGGAUUCCUCACUGAUUAAAAUCUGGUUACAAAACAAGGGACCUAGAGAGAUGUUGAUUUCGCUGCUUCUCUACAGAUGCCUCCUGCUGCUUCCAACUUUUCUCCUUUAAGGCAGGGUGAAUCCAAAUCAUGGUCUCAGCCCUGAAGGAGGCACCAAAGCAGUUUCGUUGCCCUGUGAAAAGCUUCUAGAGGAGCUCAUCUGAAUGCUUGAAGAAACCAGCCGCCCUUACAAUUACCUAAAAGGAAUUGAGUCAUUUUAACAAGACAUUUCUGCCAUCCACGGUCACAAUCAUCUCUUUGAAAAAUAAAUACUCUUGGUUUAUUGUUUU